ACACGGGUGACGACGUGCCCUAGUCGCAUAACAUAACCAAAGACUAGCGUGGGAUCGGUCCCUACUGCGCCUCCUCUGGAAUAUCAUCGGAAAAUCGUGAUAUCCGGCAUUUCUAACAGGAAUUUAUAGGGGAUAAUCCCAUUUGAUCAAACGCAAUAACCUAGAGGUUAUUUUCCCAGUUUAUUCAGCAAUAGCGCAGACGUCCAUAGCAAUAGGCUAUAGCAUCACCAACAUUAUACAAAGGAACCAUGGGGAAACAGAACAGCAAGCUGACUCCUGAGGUGAUGGAGGACCUGGUGAAGAGCACAGAGUUCAAUGAGCACGAGCUGAAGCAGUGGUACAAAGGCUUCCUGAAGGACUGUCCCAGUGGCAGGCUUAACUUGGACGAGUUCCAGCAGCUCUACGUCAAGUUCUUCCCCUACGGUGACGCCUCAAAGUUUGCUCAGCAUGCCUUCAGAACCUUUGACAAGAACAGCGACGGAACCAUUGACUUCCGAGAGUUCAUCUGUGCCCUGUCCAUCACAUCGCGUGGCAGCUUUGAGCAGAAGCUCAACUGGGCCUUCAACAUGUAUGAUCUGGAUGGCGACGGUAAAAUCACACGGGUAGAGAUGCUGGAGAUCAUUGAGGCCAUUUACAAGAUGGUGGGCACGGUGAUCAUGAUGAAGAUGAACGAGGACGGCCUGACACCAGAGCAGCGCGUGGACAGGAUCUUCAGCAAGAUGGAUAAGAACAACGACGACCAGAUCUCGUUGGAUGAGUUCAAAGAGGCAGCGAAGAGCGACCCGUCCAUCGUGCUCCUGUUGCAAUGUGACAUGCAGAAGUGAGGCUCGCCGCCCUGCCGUUGGCCUCGGCUCACUCCGGACAGCACCACACAUUUCAAUGUCUCAUUUUCAGUUCAGUCAUUUCCACAGGAAAAAAAAAUGCUUGGACUAUUUUUCAAUGGACGCGCUUCUUGUGGUUGUAUGCAUGAGAAUGUUAAAAGCUGACUAAUAAUAAUUUUGAAUAUGGCUAUAUACAAUAUCACACAUUUAUAUUUCAAAACCUACCAAUGUGAGUUGUGCAAAGUAAUCCUGAUCAUUCCUAUUUAACUUCACUUUAGCUUGUACCUCAGUGAUGUGCUGCAUUGACUUUUGUUCCUGCAGUAUUUACGGUAGAAUCCAUGUGCAGCAGCUACUGUCUGCUUUACUUGCUAGUAACAAACAAUAAUUCCUAUGAUAAUUGUAACUGUCUCUACUAUACAGAGUUCUUGAGCCCGCGGAAAUAGAGACUGCUGUCUGUUCCAAAUGGUUUCAAACGUUGGAACUGGAAAGUAGGUUCUUUGCAUGCAUGUGUUAAGUGUCAAAACUAUAAUCUCUUUAAUUUGUUGCAUCCUUAAGUGGGUAUCAAAAAGUAGCCCUCUAAAACACGUUUGGUAUUGUUGCAUGGGAUGUACAGUAGUGAGUCAUCAGACCAGUAGUUUGUCUCCUGUGGGAGCAUGUCCCCCCCUUACCCCC